UAGUAUUCACCCAGCAGUUCAACUAUUUUAUCUAGACAGUCAUUGAUAGCAUUCGCUUGACCUAGAAAGUAUAGCAAAUUUGUUUGAAAAUGAGCAGUCAAAUUAAAAAGUCAAAGACGACCACCAAGAAAUUGGUGAAAUCACCUCCAAAAAGUGCACCAAAAUCCGCGGCAGAGAAUCAAAUUUUUAGCUGCCAAUUCGAAGUGUUCGGUCAUGUGCAAGGUGUCUUCUUUCGCAAGCACACCCAAAAAAAGGCCAAUGAGUUGGGCAUAACUGGCUGGUGCAUGAACACAACUCAGGGAACGGUUCAGGGUAUGCUCGAAGGAUCCUUGGAUCAAGUGGCUGAUAUGAAAUACUGGCUGCAGCACAAGGGAAGUCCUCGCUCGGUCAUCGAAAAGGCUGUAUUCUCCGAGAAUGAAGCGCUGCCCAUAAACAACUUCAAGAUGUUCUCGAUUCGUCGCUAGGGAUUAUUUUACGCUAAAAUGUGGUUAUUAACUUUAUAAAGUUGAAAUUAA